ACCCCACCCCACCCCAGCCAGGCUCUAAUCUACAGAGGUCCACAGCACAGUCUAUAAGUAUCAGAGACUAUAGGAAGCAGCAGCAGACUGUCUGAUCUGGGACAGGUUAAUCGGACAGAACCAGGAUGGCAGAGAAGGGCUCGUCCGCCCUGGUGGGGAUCAUUGUGUUUGGAAAUGUAGUUAUUAUGCUCUCUGGGCUGGCAUUAUUUGCUGAAACAAUCUGGGCUACGACCGACCCGUACAAGGUGUACCCCAUCUUGGGUGUUACUGGAAAGGAUGAUGUGUUUGCCGGUGGAUGGAUUGCCAUUUUCUGUGGCUUCUCACUCUUUGUUCUGGCUCUGUAUGGCAUUGUGUCUGCGAUGAGAGGAAGCCGUACCAUGCUCAUGGUGUACCUGGUGUUCAUGAUGAUCGUUUACAUAUUUGAAUGCGCGUCCUGCAUAACGUCCUUCACCCAUCGAGACUACAUGAUAAAUUCCAAUGUGAUUAAACAACAAAUGCUCGCCUACUACUUGGAUACGUCCCCGCAGGGCGUUGAAAUCACCAACACGUGGAACAGGAUGAUGUUGGAGAAAAGCUGCUGUGGAUUUGACGGCCCCCAGGACUGGAUCUCCUAUGGCUCCAAGUUCCGCUCUCUUUACGCGGAGAACGAUGCCCCAUGGCCGUACUGGUGCUGCACCAGGGAUGCCAACUUCCAGCUUGUGAACCAGCAAGGCUGCCUCCUGGGUUAUCCAUCCUUUAUCAAUUCACAGGGCUGCUCCAGUCACAUCGUAAACGCCAUUAACAGUUAUACAUGGGGAAUAUCUUGGUUUGGAUUUGCCAUUCUGAUGUGGACGAUGCUGGUUCUGUUUGUGACAAUGUAUCAUUACACCACGCUGAGCUGAGUACAAUCUCCUGGAAGGAUCCUUAGUGGGAGCACUGGGGAUCGACCACCCAAACCAACCACGAUUCUAUCUUACUAGGAAAGCAGGACCAGUUUUCUAGGCUCCGAUUGACUAAUGGCGUUUAACGAUUAAAGUGGAAGAAUUGCAUAGAACGGGUCUAAAUGAGGAUCCGUCUGUCUGUGAACAACGUCACAAAGUGAACUGAUCAAGAGUAUCUCAGCAUUUUUAGGAAGGUUUUUCUUUUUGUGCAUGUUCCUCUUUAUUGCCAGUUUGUUUUUACAAUUCUAUUUUUAUUUUUUUCCUGAUAUUGUGUGUAUUCUAAUCGAACUUUCCAUCACUGCUCCCUUGCCCAGCUGCAGGUUCUACCAUAGACCGGCUUCUUUGCUAUUGGCAUUAAAAUGCAGCCAUAUCCCGUUCCCUGUAUCCUCAGAACCGAAUCUCUUUGUUUUGUUAUAAAAUGUAAAUGUCUUAAAUCUUAAUACGAAUUUGACUUUAUACGUAAAUCAUUUGUAAAUGUUGGCAACCAGAAUUUCAUAUUAAAGACUUUAUCACAUUUCGGGAUACGAGUAUCUUUCAAUUCUAUGUAUUUAUGUAUUUGCUUUUUUUUACACUAUAUAACUUCUUAUCUUCUUACAUUAAUAAAAUUCACUGACCUCAGGCCAGUUCUGGCUAUUA